UAAAAUUUUGUGACCAAAUUAUAACUAUUAAAUUUAUUAACAACCAAUAUUGAAUUGAUGAAUGUGAUUACUGUUGUAUAAAAUAAUGGCUAAGGCAAAAAUGGAAGCAUCUGAACGUAUAUCACCUGACAAAGUAAUGUUUUCGGAUUCACCACCACAUUCUGGGAAACACUCAAAUGAUGACAGCACUUUGAGUGUAUCAUGGUCAGAUCAUAGAUCGCGUUACAAUCGUAGCCAAUCUGUUACGGAUGUUGAUCAUGAUGAAUAUUCACCGGCAGAAAUUCGUCGGAUACGAGAACGCUUAGUACGACAACAUGCACCACCUCAACCAUCACAGUUACGUUUGUUUACCAGAAAACAAAAAUUAACUUUAACAUCAUUAGCAUUGGUAGAUUUUAUGAGUUUUUGUUCAAUGUCAAUAAUGGCACCAUUCUUCCCACGAGAGGCAUCACAAAAAGGGAUGAAUGAUUUAACAUCGGGUUUUGUAUUUAGUUUUUAUGCUUUUAUUAUGUUUAUAUCGUCACCAGUAUUUGGUAAAAUUUUACCUAGAGUAGGCGCAAAAGUAUUGUUUAUGUCUGGCAUGUUUUUAGCUGGAAUUUGUAAUUUAAUUUUUGGACUUUUAGAAUUUAUUGACAACUAUGAUCUCUUUGCAACUUGUUGUUUUGUAAUACGAGGUAUGGAAGCUCUUGGUGCAAGUGCUUAUUCAACUGCAAGUUACGUCUUUGUAGUAAAUACAUUUCCAAAUUCCAUUGGAUCUGUUUUAGGUAUUUUAGAAACGUUCGUAGGCUUAGGUAUGAGUACAGGUCCUGCAAUUGGUGGUCUACUGUAUUCGCUAGGCGGUUUUGGAUUACCAUUCUAUGUUUUGGGCAUUUUAAUGGUUGCUGUUGUGCCCAUAAAUUUUUAUCUAUUACCAUCAGCAGAUGAAUGUAAUAUGGGCAGUAAAACAAGCUCAAUAUUUGAUCUACUAAAAUUACCAUCAGUUCUAGUCACUGGUUUUGUUGUGAUAAUUGUUUCCAAUACUUGGGGAUUUUUAGAUCCAACAUUAGAGCCACAUUUACGUGGGCUUCAUCUGUCUCCCGAAAAAAUUGGUUUAAUAUUUUUAUUAUUUUCCGCAUUAUACGGAAUUUCAUCUCCCGCAUGGGGUUGGUUAGCUGAUAAAUGUAAUAACCAUUGGUCAAUGAUGGUAAUAGGAUUGUUAUUAUGUACAAGCGGAUUGUUACUGUUAGGUCCAUCGCCAUAUCUUUCACCAUUCUUAGAUCGGUCAAUUUGGUUAGAUUUAAUUGGCUUAUCCAUAUUAGGUAUAUCAGUAGCUUUAACGUUGCUACCAACAUUUCAAAGAGUGUUAUCUAGUGCAGUUGAAGGUGGAUUUCCAGACUCAUUGUCAACUUGUAGUCUUGUGGCGGGACUCUGGUCAUGUAUGUAUGCAUUGGGUGAAGUUUUAGGUCCCGCUUUAGGAGGGAUAUUAUUAGAACAUGUUGGUUUUCCUAUGGCUGCCACAAUUCAAGCUUUAAUGAGCUUCACCUUGGCAAUUUUAACUUUAUUAUACUUUACACUAAAGUCAGUAUUUACAAAACGUGAUAAUUCUUCUGAUAGUGGAAUAAGUGGUUCAUGGAAAAGCUCUCUAAGUGAUGAUGAAAUGAUGAAUGAGAAACAACCUUUAUUGAGUGGUGUAAAAAAGGGUCAAACAGAAAGUUUAAUUUAUACAAAUGAAAAGGAAAUUUAUAAUAAUAUGAGGAGUUUAUAUUACGGACAAGAAAGUGACGAGGUAACCGACGUAAGAAAAAUGAUGAGUAUCACAGCUGGAGGAGCAUGUGAAUUAUAAAAUAAAAUAAAAACAUUGAAAUAGUGAAAAUUUUCAUAAAUUAUAUUUAUGAAUAGCAUUUCUUGAUUAGAAUUUUUUUUAAAUGUUAAAAAGUACGAGACGUUAAAAUGCUACAACAUGUUACACUUUACACAGUACAUUACAGAAUUUUAUGUUAUAUAAUGAUACGCUUAAAGAUUAUAUUUAAAAUUAAAUGCUUUCAUACUUUGUAUUUAUAAAACACCAAAAAACGUAAUAAACGGUUAUAUUUUAAAUAAUCAA